AUGGCACGACAUUCCCGUUCAAGAAGUAGAUCUACGUCUCCUCAUAGUAAAAGGCGCAGGCAUUCACAUCGACGUGAGAAGCCUCGCAGUCGUAGUCGCGAUCGUGGCAAAGAUCUGCCCAGCUCGGAACGAUCACAAAACAAAAAUGCCGAGAAGAAUAAUAGCGUUAAAGGAACUUCUCGAAACGGCGAAAAGGCCAGCGAAAAAUUAACUGAGAAGAGUAAAGACAUUCCUCAAGUAGUUACACCCAACCAGCUGGAACAAGAGGAAAAGAUCCGUCUCCGUAGGGAACGGGUUGAACAGUGGAGGCGAGAAAGGGAGGCUGCGAAAAAGGCUGAAGAGGAAACUAAAGCUCAACAACUUGUAACGACAUCCGACAAUGAUGUGAAAAAGGACGAACAAGUUGAAUCAUCAGCAAUGGAUUUCGAAAUUACAACGAACUCGGACGGUGCAUCAGCUGUAAAUACGGUGGAUACCACAACAAUCGUAAAGGAGCCCACAAAUGAACAACCUUCCGUGGUAGAACAGCCUCGGAGAAACCCGUUACUGGGUAUUGGCAACAAAAAGGCCACUAUAAGUUUUAAGGGAAAGUCCACCAAGUUUUCUCUCGCUGAAGAUGAGGAAAGAGCUUCUUCAAACCCGUCGCGACAAUCCCUUCUCAUUAAAGACUCAUCAGUCUCAACAAAUGCCGAUGAAGGCGAUGCAGCUAAAGACGACGAGGAAGAUCCACUGGACGCAUACAUGAAGGAUGUAGAGUUUGCCGUGGAGCGAUUGAAUGAGCAAGAUAAAAAAAGAGCUAGACAAGCAGAAAAGGGAAAGAAAAAACCCGAGAGAUCCGAGACUUUUGAGGAAGAGGAAGAAAAUGCUGAGGAAGAAGAUAUUGCCAGUGAAUCAGAGGACAUUUUGGCAUUUGCUGCAAAGAAACUAAAAAAGAAAGAUUUGGCCGUAGUAGAUCACAACCAGGUCAAAUACGAACCGUUUAGAAAAGACUUUUAUAUAGAACCUCCGGAAAUGCAUGAUAUGACACCAGAUCAAGUAGAUCUUCUUCGUGUGGAGCUUGAUGGAAUAAAAAUAAGAGGUAUAGACUGUCCAAAACCAAUAAACAAAUGGACACACGCUGGCUUACCAGCCGCAUGUCUUCAAGUUAUCAAAAAACUAAAUUUCGAGAAACCGACUCCAAUUCAAGCACAAGCUAUACCAGCAAUUAUGGCAGGGCGAGACGUGAUCGGUGUUGCAAAAACCGGCAGUGGUAAAACGGUCGCUUUUCUUCUUCCGAUGUUUCGUCAUAUCAAAGAUCAACGACCUCUGGAACCAAUGGAGGGCCCUGUAGCAAUUAUAAUGACCCCAACAAGGGAAUUAGCAGUACAAAUUCAUAGAGAAUGCAAACAUUUUCUUAAGGCUUUGGGAUUAAGGGCUGUUUGUGCAUAUGGUGGUUCGCCCAUAAAAGAUCAAAUAGCCGAUUUAAAACGUGGUGCUGAAAUUAUCGUUUGCACACCUGGUCGCAUGAUCGAUUUGCUAUGUGCAAAUUCUGGACGUGUGACCAAUUUGAAGAGAGUCACAUAUCUGGUGUUGGACGAGGCGGAUCGUAUGUUUGAUAUGGGUUUUGAACCGCAAGUUAUGAAAAUUGUAAAUAACGUAAGGCCAGAUCGACAGACUGUCCUUUUCUCCGCCACUUUCCCACGUCAGAUGGAGUCGUUGGCCCGAAAAGUUCUAAAACGACCGCUUGAAAUCACGGUAGGCGGCAGGAGUGUUGUAGCUCAAGAUGUCACGCAAUUAAUCGAAGUGCGGGAGGAUAGCACAAAGUUUGUCCGAUUGCUUGAAAUAUUAGGACAGCAAUAUAACGAUGACCCUGAGGCGCGAACUCUUAUAUUUGUUGACCGGCAAGAGGCUGCUGAUAACCUUUUGAGAGAUCUGAUCCGUAAGGGUUAUCCUUGUAUGUCGCUUCAUGGAGGAAAGGAUCAAUUAGAUCGCGAUAGCACAAUAGCCGAUUUCAAAUCUGGUGUAUGCCAGAUCCUAAUUGCAACAUCAGUAGCAGCCCGUGGCCUUGAUGUAAAACAAUUAAAGUUAGUUAUCAAUUACGAGUGCCCUAAUCAUAUGGAAGAUUAUGUCCAUCGCGUCGGAAGGACAGGGCGUGCCGGAAAUAAAGGUACUGCGUACACGUUUAUUACUCCCGAACAAGAUCGUUAUGCUAUGGAUAUUGUAAAGGCUCUCAAGUUAAGCGGUGGCCAUGUUAGUCCCGAGUUACAACAGCUUGCUGAUGAAUUUCAGGAGAAGGUAAAGGCAGGAAACGCCACUUACUCUGGCUCUGGAUUUGGUGGUAAAGGUUUGGAGCGAUUAGAUGAAGCGCGUGACCUUGUCAAGAAGGCUCAGCGUAAGACAUAUGGUGAUGCCGACGAUCAAUCAUCUGACGAAGAUAUAACAGAAGAUGAUCAUACGAUCGUAUCUAAACGAGAGGAACCUGCAACCAUUGGUGGAGCAACAACCGCCAGUGCUGCAGCACAGGCAGCCUUGCCAGCAAACGGCAGUUCAACGGAGAUAACUUCUGUAGCUCAAGCUGCACUUAAGGCUGCUCAAGAAGCUGCUGCUCGCAUUAACGCGGCAGUUGGAGCAAGCGGGGUACAAAGAGCCAAAGAUAUUAUCGCUGAUAUUAAUUCACGAUUCAAAGAAAAUUCUGUGCAAGGUAACGGUUCAGAGGAUAAUAGAACCGAAAACGUUGCCGAGUAUUCUGUCGAAAUCGAGAUAAAUGACUAUCCUCAGAAGGCAAGGUGGAAAGUUACAAAUAAGGAACAAAUUUCACAAAUUACUGAGCUCACUGGUGCAGCUAUUACCACACGUGGCACAUACUUUCCUCCUGGCCGCCAUCCAGCGCCCGGUUCUGGUGAACGGAAACUCUACUUGUUCGUUGAGGGUGAGAACGAGUAUGUCGUUGAGAAAGCUAAAAAUGAAAUCAAACGAAUAUUGACGGAGACGACGCUCAGUGCAAUUGAAGCCGAAGCCCGAAAUCCAGGAAGUACUUCAUUGGGUGGAUAUGGCAAGUAUACGGUUGUUUAA